AUGACUUCUGCAGCGCCCGUAGCCAAGGACGUGCCGGCUUUCAAGACGAUCAGGGUGUGCCAGCCCUUCAACGUCCUGGUGUCGCCCUCCUCGCAGGCCAACCAGUACCAGAUCGUUCUUGACGCAGACGACAGCGUGGGCAGGGCUUUGCAAGCUUCCGUGUCCAAUGGCGUCCUGAGCCUUGGCGUCUCAGGACGCUUCUCCACAUCCAAGCCCAUCAAGCUGACUGUCAAGCUGCCAGCCUCGCAGCUUGAGAGGGUUGAGGUCAAACCAGCCACAGCCGUCCAGGUUGUUGUCAUGGGAGCUUUCAGCCCAUCCUCCUUUACAGCGGUAAACAGCGGCGUAUCCACCCUCCAAGUCAAGGGCCUCAAGUCAGACAAUGUCAGGCUGCAGAACUCAGGGACUGGUGACAUCAUCGUCCGGGGACAGAUCCCCUCGGUUGUCAUUGUGAGCUCCGGCACGGGCACAGUGUAUAUUUCAGGAGUCACCAAGGACGUGAUGGUCAACCUGUCCGGCAUUGGCAACGCUGUCAUUGAUGCCGCAUCAGAUGCAGUGAACAUCAGGGGCCAGGCAGCUGGGCUUGCCAAUGUCUACUACAACAGGGGCAACUGCGCUCUCGAUAGCCACUUCUUUGGCAGCCCCUGCAACCAGGGGCCUGUCACGAUCCCAUCUACCGGCGUGGAGUGGACAUGCGGCAUGAGACUGCAGGGCACCUUCAACUGCUCAUACAACUCUGGCACUAUCAUUGGGCCGGGCGGCAGCAGCACAAUAAUCAGCGGUGGGCCUGGCGGCGCUCAGAGCAGCAGCACCAGCACCGGCGGCACCUCCUCCCAAACCUUCUCCUCCGGCUCGGGCUCAGCGUUCGCGGCUGGCUCGACCGGCGGGCGCCCCUUUGGCAUCUUCGGCCAGACCUUCACGAGUGGUGGGGGCGGCGGCCUGCAGCAGAGCAGCUCCAGCACCAGCACCGGAACCCAGCAGGAUCUGUGCAGCGGCGCUGUCUCACAGCAAGAUCGCACUAUGGUGCCCACUUUCUGA